AUGCGCAUCAUCUCCAAGCUGCAGCUCUAUCGCUUCUACCUGGUGCUCAUCGAUCGCAAUGAGAAAAUGCUGAUCGCAGUACUGUUGAUAGUCGCGCUCGUCGAAGCGAUUGGCGCCUUUCAACCGGAGUUUGUGGAAAGCAUUUCGAAUGUUUCGGUUGCUGUCGGCCGCGACGCAACCUUCACCUGUCACGUGCGCCACUUGGGCGGCUAUCGCGUGGGCUGGCUGAAGGCCGACACGAAAGCCAUUCAGGCCAUACACGAGAACGUCAUUACGCACAAUCCACGCGUCACGGUCAGCCACCUGGAUCAGAACACCUGGAAUCUGCACAUCAAGGCCGUCUCCGAGGAUGAUCGAGGCGGCUAUAUGUGCCAGCUGAAUACGGAUCCAAUGAAGAGUCAGAUUGGCUUCCUGGAUGUUGUUAUACCGCCGGACUUCAUCAGCGAGGACACGUCGUCCGAUGUAAUUGUGCCCGAAGGCAGUUCCGUGCGCUUAACAUGUCGCGCACGCGGCUACCCGGAGCCCAUUGUGAACUGGCGCCGUGAGGAUGGCAGCGAAAUUGUGCUCAAGGACAAUGCCGGCACCAAGACCUUGGUGUCCUCGUUCCGUGGCGAGGUGUUGAAGCUGACGAAAAUCUCACGCAACGAGAUGGGCUCCUAUCUGUGCAUUGCCUCCAAUGGAGUGCCCCCAUCGGUUUCCAAGCGCAUCUCGCUUAGCAUACACUUUCAUCCCGUCAUACAAGUGCCGAAUCAAUUAGUCGGAGCACCGCUUGGCACUGAUGUUCAAAUCGAGUGUCACGUUGAGGCCUCGCCCAAAUCAAUUAACUACUGGAUUAAGGAUACCGGUGAAAUGAUUGUUUCGUCGAGCAAAUACCAUGUGCAGGAGCACUCGCAGUCGAUGUACGAAACGAAAAUGUCAAUGAUUGUGCGAAAAUUUCAGAAGGACGACGUCGGCUCGUACCGCUGCAUUGCGAAAAACUCACUGGGCGAAGUUGACAGCAGCAUCCGGCUAUACGAAAUCCCGGGACCGAAUCGUAAAAAUCCUUCAAAUAGCAAAGGAAACGGAGGCGCUGGCAGCGCUGCCGGCAACGCCGCCGACACGGAUGCCAAUGACAUUUUAAAACUGAAACAACAAGUCAAAGUCACCUACCAGCCGGAGGACGACGAGCUAUAUGGCUCGGCCGAGGAUUUCGAGGAUGGCGAAUUCGCCGGGUCGCCGCCGUUAUCGCCGCACCAUUACUACACCAGCGGCAAUAAGCCACCGACACAUAAGCCCGGCGGCAGCGGUGGCGGCCAUCAGCAUCAGCACCACCAUCACCCACAGCAGACAUCAACGGGCGGCGGUGGCGCCAGCUCCAUUGAGCUGGCAUUCGGCAGUGGCCAACUGAGCGGCGCUGGCAACACACGUAAGCCGACCUAUUACGGUGGCAGCGGCGUCGCUGGGGGCGUUGGUGGCGUCACGGGCAACACGGAAGUGCGCGGCCCCAUGGACAACAACGAACGCAGCACCGCUGGCGCACCACAUCGCGCCUUCAGCCCGGCCAGCUAUCGGCUCCACUCGCCAUAUCGUCAAUGGCUGUGGCUGUCCCACUGUCGACAGCCGCUCUUAAUGGGUUUGUCCGGCUUAGUUGCGGCGCUCAGACUGUUAUAA